AUUACCGAAACAAUUAAGCAAAGAGGCAGGGAAAUUCCUCACCAUUCACAAUCAAAAAUGGCCAUAUCACAGUCCAUCAAGAAACUAACCGCUCAACUCCACCACCGCCUCCCGUCUCUAUCUCCGACCAUCCGCUCAACAACAACCUCCGCCAAAGUCUCCGACAGAAUCGUCAAACUAUUCGCCGUCGAUGUAGAAGGCAAAAAACGCGAGAUCAUCGGUCUCUCAGGCCACACACUUCUCAAAUCGCUCACCAACAGCGGCUUAAUCGAUCCUGAAUCUCACCGCCUCGAGGAGAUCGACGCGUGCUCGGCGGAGUGCGAAGUGAGAAUCGCUCAAGAAUGGCUGGAGAAGCUGCCGCCGAGAUCUUACGACGAGGAGUUUGUUUUGAAGAAGUAUUCGAGAGCUAGGGUUUUGAAUAAGCAUGCUCGAUUGGGAUGUCAGGUUGUGCUUCAGAAGGAUCUUCAAGGUAUGGUCGUUGCUGUCCCUGAACCUAAAGCUUGGGAUAUUCCGUAAAUUUUAAAAUGUUGAUUUUUAGGGUUUGAAAAAAGUCGGAAUGUUUGCGAAUAAUGUGGCAGAUUUAAUGGAUUCUGUGUUUGGGAUUUUUGGAACAUCAUAAUAACCCUUGAAUUGUUUAAAAUUGGGGUUUUUUAAUUGUCUAUUUGAGAUUUUCUGCAGAAAUGUAUAGACUUUGGCAUUUGUGUUGAUUUUUUGUGGUUUGGGUA